ACAAAGUAAAUCUUAAUCUUCCUCGUACAACACGUACUCCCACAUUUCAGUGUAAAAUCUACAACCGGCGACAACGGACUUGAUUAUGACCAGGAAAAGAAGACACAGCAAGAUAUCAAAACCCAAAGUUAGUACAUAACAUAAACACUAGCACUUCCCAUGAGCCACAAUGCAAGAGGAGAGCCAGGAUGAUAUCAAAGAUGCAGAGGGUGAGUCCCCGGGGUGCAGUACCAGCGGACCCUCAGAGGAGACCAAAGAGAGGACCGAGAGCCAGGAAAGGAAAGACGACCAAGGUGCCAAAAAGAUGAAGAAGAACCGGUGCGCCAUCUGCCGCAAGAAAGUUGGCCUAACUGGUUUCGAGUGUCGCUGCGGGGGUCUGUACUGCGCUGCCCAUCGUUACUCUGAGCGGCACGACUGCACCUUCGACUACCGGACCCUAGGGGCGGAGGAGAUCCGCAAGAACAACCCUGUCGUAGUCGCAGAGAAGAUUCGGAAGAUAUGAGCACCCCGCCAUCGGUCAUCCUCACUUUGAACUAAUAAAACCCCGAAUUUUAAUUUGAAUUUAAA